CGUCCAUUUUAAGCAUCCCGCCUUCCACCUGGACUGGCUACGCUGGCCAAUAAAUUCUCAAGUGUGUGUGUGUGUGUUAAAACGUUGUGGGUUGUAGAAUUUAUCAAGUGGGAUUUGCGGCAGGAACCUGCGGCUGCCCCGGAGUUCAAAAAUCCACAUGCAGGCGUUUUUCUUUUUUUUUUUUUUUUUUUUUUUAAUGCCAUGCGAGCCAUUAAAAAAAAAAAAGGAAUCGACUCCACACGCACACUCGCCUGCGCGCACGCACACACACAUUUUUUACUUAUUUGAAGGUGCUGUAUGACGUUGUUUCUUUUCUUUUGUAAGCAAGUUUCCCUUUGUUUGGAAUGUAUGAUUCUAUGUACACUAGGGAAAACAUGAUGUUGCUUUUUGUGCUGACUCAGAGUAAAAAUUGGACCGAAAAGUGUCCAAAAAAACAAGCUUGAUUUUUCUUUACUCUCUUUGGAUUUCUAAAGUAAACAGCCUACAAGUGGACUUUAUUUGCAGUUUGUUUUCAAAGUCAAAAUCAUGAACAUCCCCACAACUCGCCACUCGCUUUGCAAAUAUUAGAACGCCUUAAAAAAGAAAAAAAAAAACCAGGAAACUUUCCUUUUCCUGUUUGUUGUAAAAUGUCACACCCUUGGCUAACAGCGUCCUGCACUUAAAAAAAGUGAGUCAAUAUUGAUAGAGGGGAUGGCUCGCAAAAUUGUUUAUCAAGCUGUUUUGGAGCGUGCAAAUGUGUGUAAUUCAAAACUAUGGAAGGGGCUAUUUGUGGGAGACAUUCGGUAUGCAUUCUAUUAUGGGAUCGUUUUCUAAUGCAUUGACUAUUUUACUUGAAACCGGCUCUGAUUAUUAUUGGGUUUUUUUUUAGCUUUAUAAGAGCACAUGACUGAAUGCAUAUUUCGAGCCUCUUGCAUAUCGUUGCAAAUUCCCGGCAAGAAAAACUCACUUUUUACCCUUUGCUGCGUUCUCGUGUGCUCAAAAGUGCCUCGUUUCGCUUCAUUCCGACGUAGAACGUGGCGAACAAGCUCGGCUUUUCCAUCGGCUUACUUCUUUCGUACUCGCACUCCGUUUUUCUUUUAGAGCGUUCCUUCCCCCCUCGUGCCUGCAUGCAUGCAAAAGCGGCAGCCUGCACGGGCAGGCGCCACCUCCUCUGGCAACCAUCUGCUGCUUGCAGUCGCUUCGCCUCCGACGCCGACAAAGCAAAUGAGCCCGGAUUGUGACAACAGGUCCUCGCCGACAUGUUUGUUUGAUUUCAUUUUUGGACGACGACGACGAGAGGGAGGCGGCGUGGUGAUUCUGAAAUCUGCGCCAAACGAGCGGAACCACAAAAAAAAAAAAAAAAAAAAAAAACGGGAGGGCGUCAUGCAAGCUUUGCUGGCUUUUAUGAUUUUUGGACCGUCCUCCCUGUAAAGGCGACUUUCCCCUUGGCAACUGUUUUUAAAAAAAAAAUGAAGAUAUCACACGAGAUGGACCAAAUGCGCCCUGACCAAGAUUUCUUUUUAAUCCCGUGAAAUAAAGUUGUGGAACCUCCGAACACAAAAGAGAAUCCGUCAUGUAUCCGGAUUACACUACCCCCCUUCUUUUUUAAUGAUACAAUAACGCUUUGCAUAACUUUUUUUUUUUCCCUCCGUGCUGUUGCCUGACGGCAGCGCGCAUGCGCAGCCCCUCCAAUCGCUCGUCACCAUUUUUCUUCUGGUUGGAAAAGUGUCACCGGUGACGUCAAUCAACCGCCUCUGACCAAUUAGAGCGCGGCCCGAUUGUUGGGCUCGGCGGGCUGCGAGCGCCCACCGCGAGCCGCUAUUCUCCAUCAAAUGCGUCCUGCUGCCCAGCGAAUGUAGCCCCACCGCUAGGCGCAACUUUAGAAAGUUUUUUUUUUCCUUUUUUUUUUUGAGUUGCGAUUAAAACACAUUUAUCAUCAUUAUUGUUUUGCCCGCUGUCAAGUGCAAAAAAAAUAAAGAACCCAAAAAAAAAAAAAGGGCAGUAAUGAGCGCCGAUGCGCUGGGAAGCCCCGCGAUGGACCCUGCCUUCUCCAAACGGAACGCGGCGCUGAGAUUAGUUGACUUGGCGGGGGCUCACCACCAUCAUCAUCGCCAUCAUCAUCAUCAUCCCCGCCACCCCGUCCCUCCGAGCGUGACAGGCUUCCUGGGGCUCGGCAGCCAUCCGCACUCAAUGGCUCACGCGCACCCCGGGGAGAUGACUGCGGAACCCCGCCUGGGGCCGAGUCCAUUCGGGCCAGAACACAUGGGGCACUCGGCGGCCCUCAAAAUCAGCCCAGCCCAUCAUUAUCACCAGCAGCACCAGCCUCAGCACAAUCAUCGCAUGGCAGGCCACAGUCAAGUGGUCUCUAGUCAAACGGGAGCUUUCGGGGCGACGCCGGUGCCCUACUCGGGUAUGACGCACCCGGCCCAAGCUCUUACCGCAGGUAGGGACUUCUUCCGCGCCAUGCCGGGUCUGGCUGACCACCAGCACCACCAGCACGCCGCCGCUGCCGCUUCUCACGCCGGAAUGUGUCUCUCGACAACAGGUAGCUACCCAGCGCACUACGGGCACGACGCCGGCAGCCAUGCGCUCUUCUCCGGGCUGCACCAAGAGCAGCCUCCGGGCGGCCAACUGCGUUUGGGACUACCGGGGGACGUGUACGUGCGCUCGGAGCACUUAGCGGCGGGCACCCGAGCCGACGCCUUCUACGGAGGGCUCAACCUGAACCUGAGCGCUCACCACCCGCACCCGCACCAGCAUCCGCCCCACGGAAGCGGCGCCUUCUUCCGCUAUAUGCGGCAGCCCAUCAAGCAAGAGCUGAUUUGCAAGUGGCUGGAACCGGCAGAGAAGCGCUGCGCGCGGACCUACGGCACCAUGCACGAGCUGGUCACGCACGUGACCGUGGAGCACGUCGGCGGGCCCGAGCAGGCCAACCACAUCUGCUUCUGGGAAGCGUGUCCACGCGAGGGCAAGCCCUUCAAAGCCAAAUACAAGCUGGUCAACCACAUCCGCGUGCACACGGGCGAAAAGCCCUUCCCGUGCCCCUUCCCCGGCUGCGGCAAAGUCUUCGCGCGCUCGGAAAACCUCAAAAUCCACAAAAGGACGCACACAGGUGAGAAGCCGUUCAAGUGCGAGUUCGCUGGCUGCGACCGGCGCUUCGCCAACAGCAGCGACCGCAAGAAGCACUCGCACGUGCACACGUCCGACAAGCCGUACAACUGCAAAGUGCGCGGCUGCGACAAGUCCUACACGCACCCGAGUUCGCUGCGCAAACACAUGAAGGUGCACUGCAAAUCCCCGCCGCCUCCCAGCUCCGGCUACGAGUCGUCCACCCCAUCCCUGGUGUCCCCAUCAUCGGACCCGGGCCGGGAGCCGCCACCGCCACCCCCUGGAGGGGGCCCGAACCCCGCUCCCUCCUCACACCCGGCCAACCUGAGCGAGUGGUACGUGUGCCACAGCUCCGGGGCCAGCGGGGCCCACAGUGGGCCCUCCACGCCGGACUCGGCCACUGAGGACGACGGACCCCCGUACAGGGAACGAGACCCGAGGGACAAUUUAUAGACUCACUGCGACCCCCUCCCCUGCCCC